UUAGCCGUGGUUUGUUUCACCGUUUAGAAGCAUGAUGACUUUUGUUCGCUAUCAUUUUUGUGUUGCAAACAAACCGAACGCCUGAAAGGCUUUAGAUUGCUUUUGUUAGGGUUAAAGGCAGUUUCGCUGUGCAAUACUGCUGUGGCUUGACUGCUUGCUUCCUCUUCACCCAACUUGGUAGCUGGUAGCAGCAUAGGCUUAUUUGGUUCAAGUUGCUGUUCGUUAUUACAACACUUUAAAUGUGUUGUUCGGUCUGUAAAUUAAAUUAUUUUUUUGAGCAUGAAGUAAGAAUCAUGCAAGAAACGUCUUGCAUUUUUAUUUUGUUGUCUUAAACUCCGCUCGCAUAUGUUAUUUGUGGUGAUGCUUGUGGACAUUGCACUUCCAGUUGUUGUUCUUGAAUAACUUGAGUUUAUGGUGAAAUUUUACCUUUGUCAACGUACUCAUGUUUGUGAUUUGUUUGUAUUGAAUGUCUGUAAUUUGGACCAAGGCAGUGUUAAAAUGUGCAAGGUCUUCAUCUUCAUUGCGCUCCCUUUGUCAUUGACGUGAAGGAGAGGACCUUUAACUUUCAACUCCGCUUUUGCUGUUUUUUUCAGUUCGCACAUAGACUGUAGGGGGCAGCACACUCGCCACAUUUUCCCCAGUUUGGUUUAAUCAAAUUUCUUUGGUAUUUCUUUAUUAGAAUGGAAGUUAUAUUUGUUUAUUUGUAUGUUUAAAACUGGUUGUUUGUGAUUGUAAACAUCCCCGACUGGAAGCUGUGCUAUACGUUAAAGGCUUUCAGUUGGAUGUUUGCUGUCAUCGUCCAGUUCUUGCCUCUGUGAUCCAGUUGCAUCACUAAAACGCUUGUUACAAACAUAGAUGUAUCUUAAUAAAUAGCAUCAUAGAUGUAUCUUAAUAAAUUAAUUGCAAAUUAAUUAAAAAAAUAUUAAUGCAUUUUUUAAAGAGUUCCCUGGUGUUGUAUCUGAAUAUAUUAAGAUCUCUAAACGUUUUGCUGUAGUAAACUUGGUAAUAUUCCAGUGUAGUCACUGUAAACAUCCUACACUCAGCUGUAAUCUGCAAAAAAAGGGCUGGGGGGAGGGUGUUUGCUGUGACUGAGUGGAGAAUCUCUGUGAUGAAAUAAAUUUAAUGAAUGUAAUAAAAUGAUGCAAUAAAGGAAACAAUGCUGAUGAUAAAAUUCUUGUUAAUAUGUUUUUGGUUUUAUUUCAUUUUCAUAUAAAUUAUAUUAUAAUUUUCCCAAAAUAAACUACACUUUAUUUCUAAUCAGAGUAAUGUGCCUUAUUAUUCAUGUUUUAUGUCUAUUUAAAAUAAUUGAGUGAAUUUUUUUGUUCCCUUAUGAAUAUAUUUCAUUGUAUUUCUGUAUUGAUACACAUCAGAGAGCCUUUAAUUUUUUAACUAAAUUUUAAUGGAUAUUUAGGUUUAACUAAUGUUCAUUUUGUGGUUUGAUUUUCAUAUUUAUGUCUGAAUGUCACAUUACUGAUUUCAAGAACACACCAUUUACUUUUAACCUCUAAAAUCACCGGACUCCGUGCAGCAGAUGGCGCGCGCUUGCACAAAGGCAUAUUUAUGCUCGAGGACGAAGAUCCAUCCGCCAUAUUUGUUAACGCAGAUUCGACAGAAACCUCGCAGUACUAAUUCUAGUAUAAUGAAUUCGUUUAGGUUGAGAUCUAGAUAUAAAAACAAAGAUCGAAAUCAUUUUCGCUGUGUUUUUACUGAUUAUUAAUUUAAAAAUAAUGGACCCUGUGCAUGCAGAAAGUGCUACGGUCUUCAUGUGCAAAAUAUGCAACUUAUUCUCUCCCAGUAAAUCACUGCUGCUGUCUCAUGUUACUGAGACCCACACCAGUGAAGGUGGUGACCCCGAUACAUUUAUUGUAGCACUCAAGCCUUUAACAACUCAGCAACCACAGAGCUCAGAUGUUGUGAAAAGAAAACGUGGAAGACCGAAAGGCUCCACAAAGAAAGUCCGACCAGAAGAUGUUAUCUUGGAGAAAUCACCUGAUCGGCAGAAGAAAGACUCCACUAAUAUCCAGUCAGUUAGUGUAGUUGAAGAGCAGUGUGAGGAUGGCAGUGAUCUGGAGUGCAAGAAAUGUAAUCGCAAGUUUAGCAACAAACGGCAAAUUUCCAAACACAUUUGCUUUGUAGGACUCAAAGACCCUGCUGAAGAGGAUGAGAACAAUGGCAAUAAUUCUGAUGGCAAUAAAAUGGAUGACGGCGAUGAAGACAAAGAGCGGACACCAAAGAAAGCUCGAGCAAUGCGGAUGGAAAAGGUGGCAAGCGCAAAGGACCCAGAGUCAGCAAACGCCAGCAAAAACCCUAUUAUUAGUGUCGUCCUUACCAGCUACGAGGCCAUUCCAGGUGCCUCUAAAAUAGUUCCUAUUGAAGCCACUCCAGCUGAGCCAUCCACCCAGACAGAUCCACCUGAGGUUUCCCAGGAGGCAUCAUUGAAAAGGGGAUACCAAGAAUAUGCUAUUCAGCAAGCUGUUUAUGAAGUGCCCCUAAAAUCCAGGUUAGGACAAACACAGCUUAAAAUCUUCACCUGUGAAUACUGCAAUAAAGUCUUCAAAUUCAGACAUUCGCUACAGGCCCACCUAAGAAUCCACACCAACGAGAAACCUUUCAAAUGCACACUGUGCGACUAUGCCAGCGCCAUAAAGGCUAACCUUAGCGUCCAUAUGCGAAAACACAGCGGGGAGAAAUUCAGCUGUGACCAGUGCUCAUUUAAUUGCCUCAGUAAAGGACACCUCAAAGUGCACGUGGAGCGAGUGCACCAGAAAAUCAAGCAACACUGCCGUUUCUGCAAGAAGAAAUAUUCGGAUGUGAAGAACCUCCUCAAACAUAUCCGUGAGACUCACGACAUGACGGAUGAGAAGGUAAAGGAGUCUUACGACGAGUACUCGCUCCAGACCAGGGCAGGCAAACGACAGCUUCUUUACAACUGUGAAAUAUGCGACCGCAAGUUCAAGAACAAGCUUGAGCGUGAUCGUCACAUGGUGGUGCACGGCAGCAAAAGACCCUUUGGCUGUGAGCUGUGCGAUCACGGAUCGACCAAGUUUCAGGCCCUGCAAGCCCAUAUCCGAAAGCACCCCUUCAUCUACGUGUGCGCUAUUUGCCAGCAGAAAUUUGUCAGCUCGGUGCAACUGAGAGCACAUCUCCGAGAGUUACACCCGGAGAUGGAUGAGUCAACAGCUUUUGCGGACUCCAUCAACUCCAGCUUUUGCCUGCUUAAACCAGGUGAUGAUAUCCAAAAGGACAUGCUGAACCAGGAUGAGCUAGAGAUCACCGAAGAGCUCUCUCAACUCAAUGCCCAGGAGUUGUUAACUACAGAAGGGAGUGUCAUGGGACAAGAGGAACCCGAGUCACAAAGCUCAGUUACUUUACUCAUACAGAACCAACAAGAGGGUUUUCCACCUACAGACAGUAUUAACCCACCCAGUGAGACAUCUGGAAUAACACAAACACAGGAGAUACCUUGUGAAGAUGUAAAUGAACAGACAAUCCAAGAAGAUGCACUUAAAAUAGAUUGUCGUGUGGCAGAAGUUCAGGAUCCUGCAAAGGAAACUAUGCCCUUGCCUUCAGAAAGUAGCUUCAUAUCAAAUGCACCCGUUUCAGCUCUUCAAACUACAAAUGUUCAACAAACUACCACUGGUGUUAAUGGCGAGGAAGACUUCAGUUCAGAGCAAGAAGAAAAAUCGGCAUUCAAGCAGAUUGUAGAGCAAAUGCAAAACAGGCCGCUCAACAUGGAAGUGUUCGAAAGGAUUCGGAAAGUUUAUGGAGAUCUUGAAUGUGAAUACUGUGGUAAGCUUUUCUGGUAUCAGGUGCACUAUAACAUGCAUGUGCGAACACACACAAGGGAACACCUUCAUUACUGUUCCCAGUGCAGUUAUUCUUCCAUCACUAAAAACUGUCUGAAGCGACAUGUUAUACAGAGACAUUCUGACAUUUUGCUCAAGUGUCCCUUUGAAGGAUGCCAGUACUGUACCCCUGACAAAUACAAGCUUCAGGCUCAUCUCAAAACGCACUCGGACAUUGUCAAAAAAAGUUUUACGUGCCCUGUAUGCCAGGAAUCUGUUUCGGAGGAUAAAGUUAGAUCCCAUAUCAAAAAUAACCAUCCAGAUGUGUCGAUGAACCAUGUGUCAGAAGCGCUGGGAAUACGUGUACACGUGAAGGGAGUGAUUGGGAAGAGAGCUUCCAAGUGUCCAUACUGUGACUGCUUCUUCACAAGGAAUGGGUCAGAUCUUCAGCAGCACAUAUGGGCUCAUGAAGGAUUGAAACCAUACAAAUGUUCGCUGUGUGAUUAUGCCUCAAGAAGUAAAAGCAACCUCAAGGCUCACAUGAAUAGACACAGCACUGAGAAAACACAUCUCUGUGACCUCUGUGGAAAAAAGUUCAAGUCUAAAUGCACUCUGAAAAGCCAUAAACUUAUGCACACAGCAGAUGGAAAACAGUUCAAAUGCACCGAAUGUGACUUCACUGCUGCACAGAGACCACAUCUUCUCCGUCACAUGGAGCAACAUGCCUCAUUCAAACCUUUCCGUUGUGCACACUGCCACUAUUCAUGCAACAUAUCGGGCUCCCUGAAAAGACACUACAACAAGAAGCAUCCCAACAUGCAGUACACCAAUGCUGGAACAGGGGUAGCCACUUCGGAAACCGUCAUGGAGCAAGGUGGAGUGAAAUGUCCUGUGUGCAAUUACGUCUAUGGCACUAAAUGGGAAAUGAACAGACACCUGAAGAGCAAACAUGGUCUCAAAGUUGUGGACUGUGACAGUCUGAGUCUGAAUCAGUGGGAGGUAGUGGAGUCAGUGGAGGAGCCGGCCAUGCAGUACCUUCAUAUAGCUGAGACUGAGGAUCCACAGGGAACAGAGACUGCUGUAUCAGCUCUGCAGGACCUACGCUUCAACAUGCAAAAUGCUGUUGUGUCUGGAACAGCAGGAGAGAGAUUAGACCCAGCAUCUGUCAACAUCCUCCAGCAGAUCAUUGAACUGGGCUCAGAAACCACUGAUGCUACAGUGGCAUCUGUUGUUGCCAUGGCUCCUGGUACAGUUACUGUUGUUGAGCAGGUGGCGGAGGAGGAUCAGCAGACCAACCAUGCCAUGAUGAUCCAGGAUGCACUGCAGCAGGCAUCUGUUGGACUUGGAGAAGAGCACCAUCUAGUGGUGUCUUCAGAUGACAUGGAGGGUAUCAAAACGGUCACUGUAUAUACACAGGGUGAAGAUGCUUCCCAGUUUAUAGUCUACGUUCAAGAAGCAGUUCAGGAGGCUGUGCAAUCUGAGGAGACCACCACAGAGUAGUUGGUGUACUGGUAAAAGUUAUAGGAUUAUACAAACUGCUUACUCAAAUAAUUUAAGGUAUAUAUAACAGUCAUACUGUACCAAUAUACAGUAUUGUAGGGACCCAACAGGAGCAGUGACCAGAUAUGGCUUAAUAUUAACCGCCAAAUGACCUUAAGCAUUUUAGUCAAUCCACAGCCUUGUAAACAAGACGCAGAAGUUGUAGCCUUCACAUAUUUUUUACCGUAUAAUUUUGUGUGAUUUUUUUUGUGCAUCAGCAUGUAUGCUCCUAACAGAGUUACUGUGUCACUCUGCCUAUCAACCUUUGUAGUUUUUAUAUGAAACUCCCAUACAGUGUAUGGCUAUCCAUAGUAAUAAACAGAGUUAUUUAAUGGUU